CUGCACUCACACAGACACCGCUGCACACACAUAGGGAGGAGUGUUCCCUGUCAUAUCAGAGCGAUUUCACUACAAAAACAUUAUUUAUUUGUUUGUAAUGAAUCAAUAUGUCCGCCGAGUUGAUUUCCAUGCCAGGGCAUGGCAGGCUCUCGUCGUCAGUCUCCAUUGUGCGGACUAGCCCUGUCUGAUAAACAGUGUUGAAAACUAGCAAAAUCGCUGGCAGCAGAAAUGAGUGGGACUGUCGGUAAACAGUGGGCCAUUCUUGUGGCUGGAGCAAAUACCUGGGACAAUUAUGGACUGCAGGCUAACAUCUGCCAUGCAUAUCAGAUAGUUCACAAGAAUGGAAUUCCAGAUGAGCAGGUUGUAGUUAUGAUGUAUGAUGAUAUCGCUUACAAUACAGAGAACCCGUACCAGGGAAACAUUAUCAAUGAACCCAACGGACCGAAUGUUUACCCUGGAGUGCUGAAAGACUACACUGGAGAAGAUGUGACUCCUGAAAACUUCCUCGCUGCACUCCGGGGGGAUGAGAGCGCUGUGACCAAGACUGGACCUAAAAAGGUCAUAAAAAGUGGAAAAGAUGACACGAUCUUCGUCUUCCUGUCAGACCAUGGAGCUCCUGGCUUGUUUUGUUUCCCUUCAUCCUCACUGUAUGCAACUGAUUUCAUUGAUGAGCUUCAAAAGAUGGCUAACAAUAAGCAGUUCAAACAGAUGGUGAUAUUUAUGGAGUGCUGCUACUCUGGAUCAAUGCUGGAGAAUCUUCCUGAAAACGUCAGCAUCUAUGGUGUGACAGCGUGUCCUCCUGAUACAGUGGCUUAUUUUUGCUACUAUGAUGAGGAAAGAAUGACCUAUCUUGCUGCAGAGAUGUCAGCGGUCUGGAUGUCGUACACUGAAGUGUCUGACCUUGAUAAGAUCACCUUCCAAGAUGAGUUUACAAACCUGCAAGAACAUAUGCAGCAGUCUGUCCCGUGCGAGUAUGGUGACAAGGAUGUCAGUAAACUAUCAGUGAGUACGUUUCUGAAAAACACCCCACCGUCAACUCGAGAGACUAAAAAAGUCCAAAAGCCUACAGAUCUGAUCUCCUUCUACGAGGCACCAUUCAAAAUCCUGGAGCACAAGAUUCAGAGAGAGGAAGAUCCUGACAAAAAAGAGGCUCUCAAGAAAAAAUAUGAAAAUCUUCAGAAGAUAAGGUCCAGCAUUGAGCGCAGUGCGGAGGAGAUACGUGACCUCUCUAUUAGAGCAGGGGGAGGAUCUGCUGCAGCCGAGACAAUGUCACUGAGCCGCACUCAGCUACAGGACUUCAAAACUGUGGCAGAACUCUUCAGGACCACCUGCUUUAACUGGCAUGAGACAGAGUAUCAGUACGCUCUAUCACAGCUUCCUGUCUUCGCCAAACUCUGUGCAUCUGGAGGAAAUGUUCAGGGAAUCCUGGACGCCAUAAAACAAGUAAAAAGAACUUCCACUGCCUUCAAGUGAUCCGAACAGUCAUGAAGGAAAAGAGAGCCUUCAGGCCCAAUCACUGGCAAAACAUUACUGUGAUUUACUUCCAUUUAAUAUAAGAGAAUCUUAAUCAAACUCCUAAUUCUGAAUCUUUAAAAAUGAUUUACUGCAUGACCACUUUCAUUCCUUUAUUUUUUUUUAAUCAUCACAAGCAUGUAUUCUAUUUUUAUAUGAUGUGGAAAUGUACACUGAUCUGCUUUAACAUUAAAACCACUGCCAUGUGAAACAUUUCCAACCCAGUCAGGGGAACUCAGGACUAAUACCAGAUAUCACAGGACACCUUCAGAGAGCUUGCCUCAGUCAGGGAGAUCUACACUUUACUAGGCAGGUGGUGAUAAUUUUAUGGCCGAUGGUGUAUAUAGAAAUCGUAAGGUGUUAAAGGUUUUAGUUAUAUUUUAAAGAUUUUUCUACUAGAAGUAACAUGUUUUAUAUAAGAACAUGCGGUUUGCUGAUUUGUAUUAUUGUCAAUCAUGUACUCAGUGUGGAAAUAAAAUGAAAAUGAAAUGAGAUUAUAACA